CUCUCUCAUUUAAAUCUUCAAAACCCUUGUGUGCCCUAAUCCCCAAUCUCUCUACUCUAUCUCUACAAUGAUUUCUCACACACAUGCAACGGACACCCAGACCAAAUCCACCGACCUCGCAUCCAAAAUCCUCGCCGCCACAACGCCGCAGCAGAUCGCCGCCGUGUGCGGCGCAAUCGAGUCGUUUCUCCACAAACACACCCCGGACCAGACUCGCUGGUUCUUCUCCAUCACUUUCCCAACCCUAAUUUGCAAAAUCUUCGGCUUCGCCGAGUCGCCACCUCACCGGCCUCCCCAGUCCCCCACCGCCUGGGUCGACUCGGUCGAUUCUGAGCUCGCUUCUAGGGUUUUCAACCUCCUCUCCCCGAUUGGUGUCUUGAUGUCUUCGAUUUCGGCCGUCGAUCGUCUUUCGUUGAUGAAGUACGUGUUUCCGAUCGAGCGAUUGCCUGAGUGGGUUAGGUUUUUGCUUCAGAGCGAGCGAGAUUGCCGGGUUUUGGCCGAUUUCUGUCCCUUGUUUAAAGGUAGGAUCAAGGAAGAUUCAAUUAAGGGUUCGUUUCAAGUUCAAUUGAAUGUGUUUGAGUAUUACUUUUUCUGGUUUGCUUAUUACCCUGUAUGCAGAGGAAAUAAUGAGAAUUCUGAUACCGUGAGGGUUCGGAGGAGUCGAAAGUUUCGAUUGGAGAAUUGGGCUUCUUCAUUUCCUGGAUUAUCGACCAAUAAGCGUGGUGGCUCAGAGCAGAAAGUUGAGUGUGGUUUGUAUUUACGCCUUCUUUAUUCUUAUCUUCGUGCAUUUGUGCCAAUUUCUGUUAAUACACACCAACCUUAUCGUAGCUCGCUUCUACAUUACAAUUCGAGCUAUGAUAAUUCUGUUGUCGAUCAAGCCGAGUUCAUUGUUAAUGCCCUGAAACACUUUUGGUUAGUCGAUAACGAUUUCUCACCCGUACCUGUGAAUGUAUGCAAAUCGUUCGGAGGGUCGUUUCCUUUUCGUUCGGUUCUUGGCGAGACUCCGCCCACUUCUGGGUUGGGAGAGGUAGUCAAUUUGUUUGUUAAGUAUCUGAAUUUGAGUUCAGUUGCGCUUACUGAAGUGUCUGAUCAGGUUGAAUGUAGUGAGAGUCCUAGGUGGAGGGUAUUGGGAUCUUCUGAUGUUUUCAAGUCGAGGAAUGCUAUGUCAGCAACUUCUGGUGUGGAUUCUAUUGGUUGCUGGAACUCAUGGAUUCAGAGGCCAUUGUACCGGUUCAUAUUGAGGACUUUUUUGUUUUGCCCUGUGGAGACUUCUAUCAAGAAUGCAUCUCAGGUGUUCUCUGUUUGGAUUAGUUAUAUGGAACCUUGGACAAUCAGCUUGGAAGAUUUUAAGGAGCUAGAGGCAGAUGUUGGUACAUUAGCUAAAAAUACGACAAAGGUGAAUCCCCAAUAUUCAUCUUCAUGGCAGGCCUUUGUAUUGUCCAAUUAUCUGUUCUACAGUUCCUUGGUUAUGCAUUUUUUUGGAUUCGCACACAAGUUCCUUCACACAGAUCCAGAAGUAAUCGUGCAAAUGGUAUCAAAGGUUUGUUUCUCACUAGCAAUUCUUUUAAUUACAUAUUGUUAUGAUUUGAAUCACUAUGCAUAUAUUAAUGUUGCUUUAUGAAGGGAAUAGAGAAUAUAUGCUUAAAUUUUUUUGCGGGGCCUUUAUCUUGGACUUUUGAACUGAGAAUUUUGGCUCAAAACUUAGAAGAUUGUGGGUAACGAAUUCAGACUAGUAGUCUCAUGUAUGAUAUAUUGCAGCUGUUAAAAAGUGCAAAGACUGUUACCCGCUUUAUUUCUUGCUGAAUAAGCUGUUGGGUGGUAAAUUCCCAAUUCAGUCUAAUCAUGACUUCCAUUAUGGAAGGUAUCAUGAGGAUAAGGGCGGUUCAUUGGUAUCCAUGUUGUGGAAUAACAGAGUAGUUCAAGAG